AUGUCGUAUUUGCGGAUACUCGCACUACUCGGUAUCGUUGCAUUUUAUGCCGAUGCGGGUAUUAUUGGCAGCGUGCAGGGUGUUACUGCAACGGGUAGACUUGCCUGUGGUACGAAAUCCGUGCGUGAUGUUGAAAUAAAACUUUGGGAAGAGGACACUGAAUCUUUAUCACUGCCUGCGAAAAAAAUAACACUUAAAUUUUCAGGCGAUCCGGAUGAUUUGCUAAAUACGACCAGAUCAGAUGAAAAAGGUAAUUUCAAAAUAUACGGCCAGGAUAAGGAAGUUACGGCAAUUGAGCCAUACUUAGUCAUCGAACACAGUUGCGAAAAUGGUGUCAUCAAUCCGGUCAGUGUUUUUUUCUGA